ACCAAUCCCCGUUUUAACCCGUGUCGCGGUACCAUCCACCAUUAUGGCGGAUUGGACAGGCAGGCAAGCCGAGUGGGCAAACACCGCUGCCGACCCCCGGUGGAGGCAUGCGCACGCAUGAGGUAUGAGGAAUUGGGUGGGAAAUUGGCGAAAACUGCCUCUAUCGGAGUGCUGAGUAUCCUGGCCGUCCCGUUAACCAACUCGCGUCCAUUCAGGCUGACCUCACCCCAGCCUCCACAUCCUCUUUCGGCCAACAGGACACGAGGUAGGCAAGACAAGUUGGCUCACUGA